UCUUGCUCCGCCUUUUCCGCCCAGGGUGCCAAGGAGGAGAACGGGCAGGACGAGCCGGGCGCGCGUUGCUGGGACGGGCGCGUCGGGCGACGGGUCAGAGCGGAGGCGCCACCUGAGAGGGGGGUGGUUCUCCAUGGCGACGGCGCGCGUUUGGGGAGGCCCCUUCUCCUUCCCUUCCCCUCGCCCUCCACCGCCGCCUUCGCCUUCUCUUGCCGCCGCCGCCGACGUCGCCUCUGUCCCGCCGGCCGCGGCCCCGCUCUGGGAGACCAGGAUGUGAGAGAAAAGGAGAAGGUGCCGCCGCCGCCGCUGGUUUCAAUUUGGGAUCCCGUGACAGCCAGUUUUGGCAACAGCUCUGUUCCUUGAUCAACGUGACAGUUUGGAAUGCUUCAGCAACUGACGAAAUGAUUGAAAAUAAUGGAAAAUAUGAUUUCUACAUUGGUCUCGUGCUGGCAAUGAGCUCCAGCCUUUUCAUUGGUGGGAGUUUCAUCCUGAAGAAAAAAGGUCUUCUUCGACUGGCCGGGAAGGGCUCCAUGAGAGCAGGACAAGGUGGUCAUGCUUACCUGAAAGAGUGGCUAUGGUGGGCUGGACUUCUGUCAAUGGGAGCUGGUGAAGUUGCUAACUUUGCUGCUUAUGCAUUUGCACCAGCUACCUUGGUAACUCCAUUAGGAGCUCUCAGUGUUCUUGUAAGCGCCAUUCUUUCAUCAUACUUUUUAAAUGAAAAGCUAAAUCUUCAUGGGAAAAUUGGGUGUUUGUUAAGUAUUCUGGGUUCAACUGUCAUGGUCAUUCAUGCACCCCAAGAAGAAGAAGUAGAAACAUUGGAUGAAAUAUCCCACAAGCUAGGUGAUCCAGGUUUUGUCGUCUUUGCGACAUUCAUUGUCAUUGUGUCCUUAAUCAUGAUAUUUGUGGUGGGACCACGGCACGGGCAAACAAACAUUCUUGUGUACAUUACAAUCUGCUCAGUCAUUGGAGCUUUGUCUGUUUCCUGUGUAAAAGGCUUGGGCAUUGCUAUAAAGGAACUCUUUGCUGGAAAACCUGUUCUGAAACACCCUUUGGCCUGGAUUCUGCUACUAAGCCUUAUAAUCUGUGUUAGCACACAGAUCAACUAUUUAAAUCGAUCUCUGGACAUAUUCAACACUUCCAUUGUGACACCAAUAUAUUAUGUAUUCUUCACAACGUCAGUUUUAACUUGUUCUGCUAUCCUCUUCAAGGAAUGGGAAAACAUGACGGGUGAUGACAUCGUUGGCACAUUUAGUGGCUUUCUCACUAUAAUAGUGGGGAUAUUUCUGUUGCAUGCCUUUAAGGACAUCAACUUCACCCUAGCAAAUUUGCCCCUGUCUCUGCAUAAAGAGGAGAGAGACGUAAAUGGUACUUUGCCAAGCCCAUAUGAACGCUUUAAUGAUGAAGAAAGUGCAAGUCGUGUAAGUGACGUACAGAUGGAGGGAGUGUCUUCUAGGAGAAAUGGAAACCUGUCAGCAUCUUAAAAAUACAUCUGAAGAGCAAUUCCAUAACUGUGUUUUGUUGUGAAAUAUCAAUUUUAAAUGCUUCUCAGAAUCAGAUGUAUUUAAACAGUAUGUAUAGACAAUCGUUUGUUUUUACAUUUGACUAGCUUGGACCAAGAACAGUGGUGGGCUUUUCUUUGCCUUAUUUUUCAUUUGGGGGAAAAAUACUAAAAAGACCUCAAAAUAUGUUUUGCUUAAGUUACAUGUGAACAUGUAAAUAUUAUGGUUUUAAGACCUAUUGCACUAUUGACCAUUUUAAUAAAUAAAAUGCUUUAUUUCUGCAUCA